GUGGAGGCGGAAGUGGCGCGGCCGCGGAGGGGCCUGGAGCACGGCGGCGGGACCCGGAGCGGGAGCAGCGGCGGCAGCGGCUGGGGGCGGCGGCAGCGGCGCGCUGGAGGCGGCCAUGGCAAAGCAGUACGACUCGGUGGAGUGCCCGUUUUGUGAUGAGGUGUCCAAAUAUGAGAAGCUCGCUAAGAUCGGCCAAGGCACCUUCGGGGAGGUGUUUAAGGCAAAGCACCGUAAGACCGGCAAAAAGGUGGCUCUGAAGAAAGUGCUGAUGGAGAACGAGAAGGAGGGGUUCCCCAUUACAGCCUUGCGGGAAAUCAAGAUCCUCCAACUUCUAAAACAUGAGAAUGUGGUCAACUUGAUUGAGAUCUGUCGAACCAAAGCUUCCCCCUAUAACCGCUGCAAAGGCAGUAUAUACCUAGUGUUUGACUUCUGCGAGCAUGACCUUGCUGGGCUGCUGAGCAAUGUCUUAGUCAAGUUCACACUGUCCGAGAUCAAGAAGGUCAUGCAGAUGUUGCUCAACGGCCUCUACUACAUCCACAGAAAUAAGAUCCUGCACAGGGACAUGAAGGCAGCUAAUGUGCUCAUCACUCGCGAUGGGGUUCUGAAGCUGGCAGACUUUGGGCUGGCCCGGGCCUUCAGCCUGGCCAAGAACAGCCAGCCCAACCGCUAUACCAACCGUGUGGUGACACUCUGGUACCGGCCCCCGGAGCUGUUGCUCGGGGAGCGGGACUACGGCCCCCCCAUUGACCUGUGGGGUGCUGGGUGCAUCAUGGCGGAGAUGUGGACCCGCAGCCCUAUCAUGCAGGGCAACACCGAGCAGCACCAGCUUGCCCUCAUCAGCCAGCUCUGUGGCUCCAUCACCCCUGAGGUAUGGCCCAAUGUGGACAAGUACGAGCUAUUUGAGAAGCUGGACCUGGUCAAGGGCCAGAAACGGAAGGUGAAGGACAGGCUGAAGGCCUAUGUGCGAGACCCCUACGCGCUGGAUCUCAUCGAUAAGUUGCUGGUGCUGGAUCCCGCGCAGCGCAUCGACAGUGACGACGCCCUCAACCAUGAUUUCUUCUGGUCAGACCCGAUGCCCUCGGAUCUCAAGGGCAUGCUGUCCACCCACCUGACGUCCAUGUUCGAGUAUCUGGCGCCACCGCGCCGGAAGGGCAGCCAGAUCACCCAGCAGUCCACCAACCAGAGCCGCAAUCCCGCCACCACCAAUCAGACGGAGUUCGAGCGUGUCUUCUGAGGGCCAGCUGCCCGUGCUUUUCGUUAGGGCAGUUUUAUUCUGCUUUGUGACUUGGACUGUGGAGAUGAUGGGGCAUUUGAGUUUUCUAGUGCUUAUUUCAUUUCAUCCCCACCCUGGGCACUGGGAACACCAGCUGAGCGGACUGGAGGAAAGCUUUGGCUGAAAGGCCAGGAGGGCACUGGGGUGCCUCGCCUUGUUCCCUGGCUUUACAUUUACCUUCAGACAGGAAUGGGGUGGGAGGAGAGGCACAUCCCACCAAUGGCUUUUUCUAAGAGUUUCCAGCAUGAUAGGAAGGGACAGGUGCCUCGCCUAUUGCCAGCCCUCCUCUCAGGAUGAGAAACUUGUGUGGGGGACAGAACUGGCCCCAGGAGUGGGCUACUCUUGGCCCAACCCUCAGAAGCCCUGGGGCUGGCAAAAACUUGGUUUCUUCAAUAGAGAAUUUUAUCGUGUUUCUUUUGUUCAGUUUUGAGACAUUCCUGGACACCAUUUGGUCAGUUAUAAUUAAAGUUGACUUCUUUUUCAGUAA